UCCUCUAGACUCUUUCUGAAAGAGGCCAGCAGCGUGGCACUGGCAAGGACCCAGCAUCGCAGGGACGAAGCUGGACAAUGAUGGUGCCGCCCCCUUAGGCUCAAACGGCCUGGUCUGAGAGAUGCAGGAGAGCAGCAUGAGACAAAUGGGGAGAAAACGGGUUACCAGUAGAGCUUCUGGGCAGUAACUUUGGAUACGUCAGUGGCCCCAAUUCUAAGCCUGCUUCAGGUAUAAGGGACUAGUGCAAGCUAUGGGAGGCUCUGCUUUCGCCCCAGAGAGACCUUGUGCAUAGGCACAGGGCAAGGUGUUGAAUUGGGAGGGGGCCUUCCAGUCCCCCACGGUGCUCUCGCUUUUCCUUUGUGCCUGCAGUGUGGGUGUCGGAGAUCAUGCUCCAGCAGACGCAGGUGGCUACGGUGAUUGACUAUUACAACAGGUGGAUGCAGAAAUGGCCGACGCUGCAGGCACUCGCCAAAGCUUCCCUGGAGGACGUGAAUGAGCUGUGGGCAGGACUUGGCUACUACUCGCGAGGGAAGCGGCUGCAGGAAGCAGCACAGAAGGUGGUUUCCGAGCUGGCAGGUCAGAUGCCCGCGACGGCCGAGGAGCUGCAGAGGCUGCUGCCGGGAGUGGGGAGAUACACAGCAGGAGCCAUCGCCUCCAUCUCCUACGGGCAGGCGACGGGAGUGGUGGACGGGAACGUGAUCCGAGUCCUGUGCCGGGUCCGAUGCAUCGGCGCCGAGUCCAGCAGCCCGGCUGUUGCCGACAGACUCUGGGAUUUGGCCAAUGCUCUAGUCGAUCCAGCCCGGCCAGGGGACUUUAACCAAGCCAUGAUGGAGCUGGGAGCUACCGUGUGCACCCCCAGGGCCCCGCUGUGCAUGGAGUGUCCUGUGAAGCCCCACUGUAGGGCGCGUUGCCGGGUGGAGAAGGAACUGGAAUUCGCCUCCAAGAGGCUGCUGGGAAAAGCCGCCUCCAGUUGCUCCCAGGCGCCUGACAUCGAGGAGUGUGCCGCCGCCACCGCAGGCAGCUGCUCUUUGUGCCCCCCUGCCACGGAGCCCUGGGACAGCAGCCUCGGCGUGGCCAACUUCCCUAGGAGAGCCACCAAGAAGCAGCCCCGGGCGGAGCGGACGGCCACAUGUGUGCUGGAGAGGAGAGGCCCCCGGGGGGAGCCAGAGUACCUGAUCGUGCAGAGACCCAGCUCCGGCUUGCUGGCGGGGCUCUGGGAGUUUCCCAGCCUGGCCUUGGGGCCGGGGCUGAAGGAGAAGCAGCAGAGGGAGGCGCUGUUGGCUCAUGUUCAGGCCUGGGCAGGAGAAGCCGUGGCCAGAGGACACCUGCGGCAUGUCGGAGAGGUCGGCCACGUCUUCUCCCACAUUCACCAGACGUACGUGGUCUAUUCGCUGCUCCUGGGCGGGGACCCCGAGGCGGCCUCGGGCGGGCGGGACGAGGAAUUGGAGCGGCCAGCGUUCCGGUGGGUGACGCAGGCAGAGUUCCAGAAAUCAGCCGUCUCCACUGCUAUGAAGAAGGUCUGGAAGGCAUGUGAGCGGCAGAGCUGCGAGGAGAGGGGGCCUGGCCAGGGCUGCAAGCGGAAACGGGGCGCCGAUCCCUCGCGCGCCAGCCAGCGGAAGGUGGAAGCAGACGGCAGCCUUCCCCCGAGGCAGCUCUCCCUCGACUCCUUUCUCAAGGCCCCCGCUGGGGAAUGACUGCGGCCUCCUGCUCCGGCCGGACCCGCUGGGACCGCACCCAACGCAUUGCCCAUCUCCUCCCAGCAGCCUCUUCCCGCUGCUCCUGGGACACGGAGGGUCCUGAGACCCAGCAGACCCGGAGGGCGACGUCGGACGCUGUGUUAGGCCGCGGGGCGGUUUGCUGCUGGCCCUGCCUUGUACGCCGGCUCCUUUUCCGCCUGCUUUUACUCACUCACAGCUGAGGUUUUAAUAAAUCUGAACUUUUUCUACAAGCUUUUAAAA